AUGGAGCUCUUCGCCCGUGUCUUCCACGCCCAGGAGAUCAGAUUCUACGAUCACUACCUCUUGGGAAAUUUUUGGAACGUACCUCUACAACGCUCUUAUCGUGGUGCGGGACACCGAGAGCAACACAGCUCUGAGACUCUCACAAGACAGAGAAGGAAGAGACAAAAGAUCGACCGAAGAAAGAGGGUGGGACUCUCCCUAUGUUCUGCGACGACGAUAUGUGAACUGAGAAGUUCUGCCGCUUUCGAAGUAUUAAUCCAAGGUUCCAAAGGACCAAUAGUUUAUCAGACUCGAGGGCCUUCCUUCUGUAUGGAUUGUAUGUAUGCAGGCGUUAUGGAUAUGCAAAGCGAGCUUGCGACGCCAGAUGCAAUAUCAGGUCGUAGCGUGCGUGCAGACAAUUCAUGUACUGUAGAAAUUAAGAUUAAGAAGAGAUGGAUUGAGAGGACUGAACCUCGGGAAGAAGACAAGAGAGAAGAGGAAAUCUGCGAGAAAGAGUCCGUCCAGAGAGAGAUAGAGAAAGAGAGGAGCGGGGAGGAGAAGCAUCAAGCACCAGCACAAGAGUAUUGA